GCUAGUGGCGGGGCCGCAGAACCGGGACGCGGGGAGCCGGUGGCAUGGAGACCCGUGCCGUAGACGGCAGCUUCCUGGGCGACUUGGGUUUCUGGGUGGAGCGCACCCCCGUGCACGAGGCAGCCCAGCGGGGGGAGACCCGGCAGCUGCAGCAGCUGAUCGAGAGCGGGGCCUGCGUCAACCAGGUCACGGUGGACUCCAUCACGCCCCUGCACGCGGCCAGCCUGCAGGGCCAGGCGCAGUGUGUGCAGCUGCUGCUGGCCGCCGGGGCCCAGGUGGACGCCCGCAACAUCGAUGGCAGCACCCCGCUCUGUGACGCCUGUGCCUCGGGCAGCAUCGAGUGCGUGAAGCUCCUGCUCUCCCACGGGGCCAAGGUCAACCCACCCCUGUACACGGCAUCCCCGCUGCACGAGGCCUGCAUGAGCGGAAGUUCUGAGUGUGUGAGGCUUCUUAUUGACGUUGGGGCCAACCUGGAAGCGCACGACUGCCACUUUGGGACCCCUCUGCACGUGGCCUGCGCCCGGGAGCAUCUGGACUGCGUCAAAAUGCUGCUCAACGCAGGUGCCAACGUGAACGCGGCAAAGCUCCAUGAGACGGCGCUGCACCAUGCAGCCAAGGUGAAGAACGUGGACCUCAUUGAGAUGCUCAUCCAGUUUGGAGGCAACAUCUAUGCCCGGGACAACCGGGGGCGGAAGCCAUCCGACUACACGUGGAGCAGCAGUGCCCCCGCCAAGUGCCUGGAGCACUAUGAGAAGACACCUCUGAGCCUGUCCCAGCUCUGCAGGGUGAGCCUGAGGAGGGCGGCUGGCGUCAGGGGGCUGGAGAAAAUUGCCAGGUUGAACAUCCCUCCCCGGCUCAUUGACUACCUUUCCUACAACUGAGCUGCAGACACGGGGUCAGGGUGGGCCAGUGACACCGGGCUGCUGGCCUUGCUGAGCCCAGCGUCGGGCCACGGGGUCGCUCUGCCCUGGGUGCCUGAAGCCAUGCUGUUGCUGUAGACAACUGGAGUCCCUCCGGGCCGUCCUGUUUCGUCUUCUCUGCAGGCCCUUGGCAGGCGUUUCUGAGGCCCUGGGAAGGCCCUGGGCUGGCCCUCCUGGGACUUCAGUCUAACUCUGGCAUCCUCCCGGCCGUGCAGUUGUCUCUCUUCACAGACCUCCCUCGGAGGGAUCGUCAGGAAAGACUCUCCCAGAAGUACAAGGGAGCCCGCGGGGCUGGGGGUCCAGGGCCGUGAUGCUGAUUCCACACGCCCGGGAGGCGCCAUCUCUGAUUCCUUCAGCACCAGGUGGCCCUGGGUGUUCAAAAGGAGGUCCUGUGCUGAAGAGGGGUGGGCCCCUGGGAGGGGGUCCUGAUUGCGGCUGGGAUGCCACUUUGGGGACAGCCUGCCACUUGGGUGCUGUUUUCUGAAGCCACAGUCGGCCCUUUCCGAGACCCACCUGCGGCCAGGUGUACCCAUCGCUCAGGGGGCUUUAUACGGGUCUUAGUGGGGAAGCCUCAGGCUUUUUAUUUCCCCACAAUAAGCUCAGUGUUUCUUAGGAAGUUUUUAUUUUGAGGUCUCAAUUCUUUUAAAAAGUGUAUAAAGCAAAAACUUUAAGACACAUAUGCUGUAACACUUAGGUUUUGUUUACAAGUCUAAAGCAACAGGUAAAAGGAAGGCAUCUCAGCACAUCUUCCCAGGGGUAGUGAUCCAAUGUGAAGCACUGUUAGGAAGCUCUUCCGAGAUUGUUUUUCAUCUCUUUCUACAGCUGCCAAAUGAAUCCUUUUCCCACCCUAAGUUUUGCUCAUUCCUUGAAGCUCUGCAAUUGCAAUUGCAGUUGGCAGAAGAGGUCGCCGGCACCUGGUGGGUACUGUCAACCGUGGAUUCAUGCAUUUUGCGGAUACUUAAGGAACAUCUGUUACGCUUCAGGCACUGCCUCAGUGUUUUGAACUGGCUAAGAAUGUGACUCACCAUCAAGGCAGGGAAAGAAACUGUUUCACAAUCUGUUUCUUUAGUAAUAGAAACAAGUAAUUCUACAUGAUAAACCAUGAGGUAACAUGACGUAGUAGGUUCAGACUGCAUCUGUCUGCUUAAGAUUCUAUAUCAUAGUUUAAAAAACAAACCCAAAACCCGGGAGUUAAACUAGAGGACUUCUGUGUAAGUAGUUGAGGUCUGUUUGGUUUCAGGGAAAUGGAGAAGGUACCGCUUGUGAACCCUCUUGAGGGUCAAGCCUGAAGCCGUCGUCCCCAGAAAUGUGACCUCACCAGAUUCCCCCAGGAGUGUGGGGAGUAGAGUGAGCCGGGAUGGGCCAAGGUCACGCCACCUGUGCUCACAACCAGAGGCACCUCUUGGCAGGUCUACCUGGGUGGGGCCCGGAUCUGGUGGAAAGUGCCAGCUCCUCGGUUCUGGCUGUUGUUACCAUGGUGCUUCAUCGUAUGUGGAGAUAAGAGCCCCUCCCAUUCGGCUGCAGGUGUACAUGCUUGUUCUGGGUAAAUCAGUGUAUCUGCGUGUACUAAUAAAAUUAAAAAGAGCAUUGGGUUCUGCCCUUUCAUCUUUGUAACAGGAACUUGCUUGCCUCUAGCCAUGAAAGUUGCUAACACUUCCACACGCGGAGUGCUCAGGGCAGAAUCUGGUCCCCAUACUCACUGCUCAAUAAAGGUUGUUGGAGAGAGACCAUCCUUGUGUUCAUAUGGCCCUUUUCUUACUGGGGUGUGUGUGUGUGAGCUUCAUCCUAUGGCAGUCAGAGGGGCCACUGUCAUCUCCUCUGGGUUUUGGAUGGUCAGGUGAUGUCUGUCUCACAUUCCCAUCUUCCCGCCUCUCUGUCCCUGGUGCUGGUCUCAGUGCCACCCACAUGCGGAGAGACACUGCCCAAGGGAUCAGAUGACUAAGAUUCUAGGGCCUCCUGUACCUACCCCUCCCCACCUUUACUGAGAUGUAAUUGACAUAAGAUUCUUCAGUGUAGACCCAUCCAUAGGGUGAGGCUGAAGACA